ACAGAAGUUAUGUAAACUUAAUUUUACAACAAAAAGAACCGUUAAGCAAACAUUGUUUAGAAAUAAUUUAAAAGUUAGGCAACCCAAUAUACGCCAUCAGUAUCAGCUGAGACGAACUGAGGAAUCAAUUAUGAAUUGAGAACGAGCGGGCCGGCAGUGACACGCUCCGUUCAGAACUGCGAUGAACUUUUUACACUUAUCUUUCUAGUUUUCUCCUAUCCUGCAUCAGCUUUUGGGCCUUUCGUUCUUUUCGGAUCAUCUCAAUCCAAAACUUUUUAGUUUUUCGAAAUUUUGCAACAUCCCCGGCCGCAAAAGUGAAGAUGUUAGCGAAGACAGGCCUCGUCGUGAUCUCCAACCCCACGCAGUUGAGCCGCAUCUUACGCAGCGCGCAGAAACAAGUCAAAAACAUGCUCUAUGUUCAACUAAUGUCCAAACAACUGCAGCCUUUUGCCAGUCCACAACAUCCCUGGCCAUCAUUCAGUCAAGCCAUCAAGAGUAUCUACUCGCAGGCAGCCAGCGACUGCGGCAAUCUCGAUGUCCGCGUGCUGCUCUCCAGCUUAAAAGACAAUCUGGCGAAAAUUAAAACCCAUGCAGCUAUUGAUCUGGUCAUAUUUGAUUGUGAGUACAACAAGAAUGACAUUGACCAAUUCCUGAAGCAAUGGGUUGAGAACAUCAACAAGGAUUUCAAUGUAGUCACGCUAAAAUCGGAGUUGGCAAGCGAGUACAUCUUCUCUGCUGAGGAUCAUAAAGUUUACAAUCAUACAGUACUUGGUGGAACUUUUGAUCACAUGCAUUUAGCCCACAAGAUUCUCCUGAGUGAGGCGGCGCUGCGAUCGCAGAAGAAGAUGACCGUUGGCGUCACCGAAGAGAAUAUGCUUGAAAAUAAAAUCCUUUGGGAACUGAUUGAUCCGGUUGCGGUGCGCAUGAAGGCCGUGCAGAGCUUUCUCAGCGAUAUUUCGCCGGAACUAGAGUUGAAUAUCGUGCCUAUUACUGACCCGAUGGGUCCGACCAAGUCAGAUCCAAGUAUGGGAUUGCUGGUUGUCAGCGCAGAGACACUUAAAGGUGGAGAUAUGGUGAAUGAAAUUCGUCGCCAGAAUGGUUUACCCAGUGUGGAUAUUCUGUCGGUGGAAUUGAUAGAUGAGCCUAGCCCCAGGCCGAAUGAAGAAACAAAAAUUAGCUCUAGCACCGGUAGAUUGCGAUUGUUGGGUAGUUUACUCAAACCGGUGAAUUCUAAGUUGCCUAGGAAGCCUUACAUUAUUGGACUCACAGGUGGGAUUGCAAGUGGCAAAAGCGGCGUUGCGAAAUAUCUUGGUGAAUUAGGCGCGCAAGUCAUCAAUUGUGACCUGGUGGCGCAUCAAGUAUACCUACCAGGUACAGAAUGCCAUCGACAAGUUGUCACUGAAUUCGGCCAGAGUAUAAUCAGCGAAAAUGGCGAGAUUGAUCGCACAAAACUAGGUCCGAUCGUGUUCGGCAGUAAGGAAAAGCUUGAUAAGUUGAACGCGAUCGUGUGGCCCGCAAUUGCGCAGAAUGUCGCCGAACAAAUCCGCGUGUCUACAGCUGAUGUGAUUGUCAUCGAAGCUGCCGUGUUGCUGGCUGCACAAUGGCAGCAUAUGUGUCACGAAGUAUGGGCGACGAUCUGCCGACGCGAUGAGGCCAUCAAACGCAUUCAGGAACGCAACAAACUCACUGAACAGCAAGCUGAGCAGCGUAUCAACGCCCAACCAUCGUCGAAAUACUACGCUGGACAAGCGCAUGUUGUUUUCUGUUCGAUGUGGGACGUGCAGUAUACACAGGGGCAGGUUGCGAAGGCAUGGGAGUUGUUACAACAACGCAUUCGCGACGCGGCCGCCAUUUCGCAUGAAUCAAAGUACUGAUGAAUUGUCUCUGUUGUUGGCGGUGGAGGAAACCAUGUGUGUUGUAUCGAUUUAGUCUUUGGGGGACAAUUGUUAACUGCGAUGAUAGAUUUUAUAUAAAUUUGUUACAUUUAUAAAGCGCCUUGAUCAGGAUUUUAAUGAAUACAAUAUUUUAAUCAGA